AUGAGAAGACACCACCUCGGCCCAACGACACCACGGAUAUCCCACUUCGAACAUCAACGACCCGGCUUGACACAACCAACCAUAAACCUCAACGCCGCAACAAUUAAUAUACUUAAUUCACCCAUGAGUGAGCUGCAGAAAUCUUUCGCCAAGGCAAAAAUAGCCAAACUGCCUCCCGAAGCUCCCAUGAUCCCUGAACAGCCGGCCGGUGGCUCUACUAUGCAACCCAUCGGCGAAAGCGACAAUGAUAGUUCUGAUGCGUCGUCUACAGCAACUGCUGUUCCUUCGCCUACGAGGCAGCUGUUUGCGAGGCCAAGUCGAGGAUUCCAAUCUUCAACAUCCCUACCCUGGACCGACUUCUUCACUCAAGAACUCUCUCUCACCCAAACCAUCCCCUCCACAAACCUCCGCAUCACCCACCAUGUCUACCUCAUCCCACCCUCACAAUCAGGCCCCCUAUUCGUAAUGCACCAUGGCGCCGGCUCCUCUGGCCUCUCCUUUGCCGUCUGUGCAGAGGAGAUCCGUAAAAUCCUGCCCAAUGCUGGUAUCCUGUCCUUGGAUGCGCGGGACCACGGGAUCACAGAAGUCAGCAGGAUUGAUUCUUCUGCUGAGGACGGCAAUGCGGAGAUUGAGACUGAUUUGAUGCUUGAGACGCUUAGUCUGGAUCUACUGUUUGUUAUCCGUGAGACGCAGGCAAAGAUGGGCUGGGAAACGCUCCCAGAUAUCGUCCUUGUUGGACAUAGUCUAGGAGGUGCCGUUGUUACCGAUGUCGCUAAGAAGGGCGAACUAGGCCAGAAGUUACUAGCCUAUGCCGUGCUCGACAUCGUCGAAGGCUCCGCAAUGGACGCCCUCCAAAGUAUGGAAAAGUAUCUCGCAACACGCCCAACCCGCUUUCCAUCUCUGUCAUCUGGAAUAGAAUGGCAUACGCGCUCUCGCACAAUCCGGAACAGGACUUCAGCUCGUGUCUCUGUUCCAUCGCUCCUCUACGAAGAAGGCACACCCAUUGACCCCUCCCGCCCCUGGAUCUGGCGGACAAAUCUAAACGACACGAAACCAUUCUGGGAGAAUUGGUUCAUUGGGCUAAGUCGGAAGUUUCUCGAAGCGCGCGGUGGGAAGCUACUUAUCCUGGCUGGGACGGACCGGUUGGAUAAGGAGUUAAUGAUUGGGCAGAUGCAGGGGAAAUUCCAACUCCAGAUCUUCCCUGAAGCAGGACACUUUAUACAAGAGGACCAGCCGGCUAAAACGGCGCAGGUCCUUGUAGAUUUCUAUAAGCGAAAUGAUCGCAGUGCGCUGGUGCUUCCGCCCAAGGUUGCUGAUAUGCAGGCUUCUACGGCUAUGAACAAGAGCGUUGGUGCUAUUAAUCCGAAUUCCUUUGGAAAGGGAGGUGACGGUGGUCAGCCGGGUUCUAUAAGGAAGCCGUAA